AUGGGCUCAUUCCAUCAUCUCAGAUCUACUCAUAGGGCAGACAUCAAGGGGAAAGGAAUCCUCUAUGAGGAUCAUGACGGUCCAAUCCAGCUGGAUGAUCAAGAAGACUCCCACACAAUAAGAGAGUAUCGUAUGUCUCUCAUUGGAAAGGUUCUUAGUCCUAGUAUGUCUCUCAUUGGAAAGAUCAUCAGUGAGCUACACAAUGAGGGGCAUAUUGGUAGAGAUCUCACCCUCCAGCUAGUGGCGUCGUCUUACUUCUGGCCUACGCUUCGUCGAGAUGUUGAGCGUUUUGUGGCUCGCUGCAGAAUCUGCCAACACGCGAAAGAGAGAGCGACCAACGCAGGUCUCUACUUCCCUCUUCCAGUUCCCACACAACCAUGGACGGAAAUGACAGACGCGGUUAUUGUGGCUGUUCUUUUCUUUCGCGAAAUCUAUCGUCUACACGGGUUACCUUCGUUAAUUGUUUCAGACAGAGAUACUCGAUUUCUUAGUCACUUUUGGCGUUCUCUUUAG